UUCCACUAGUUAGCUUGAUGGCGGUGAGAUGGAAGAAGCGAGUACGGUCCAGAAGCUAGACGUUGUAAUUGUUCAGGUGGAUGAGGUGAUGUAAAGUAUGUCGGUGACUUUGAAGAGAUCUCUGCAGCUGUGUGGAAGCUGGAAAACUCUUCAAGAGACGAACAAAAACAGUUGUUUGUAUUUCAGUCAGGUCACACUCAGAGCUAGCCUGAGCUGCGAGGCUAAUCAGCGCUAACAGGAUUAGCAUUUGGAGCUAAAGGUAACUGACGGAGGCGAAUGGCAGCGAACCGGACCGGACACCUGUGAAUGAUGCUCCAGGGCCCGUACAGCAGCCUAGACCGGGACCGGCCCCUGGUCCGGCUGCCCUUCACUAGCUUUGUUGUGGGGACGGUUCUGCUGCCCUUGACGGGCCUCAUCGCCUGCCUCUUCAUUUCUCUGCUGUACCACUUCGAAGACUCCACAUACACCCACUGUAAGGUGUCCAACUACCUACCGUCUAUCAGCGCCGCCAUCAGCCGGGUCCCGGAGCGCUACAUUUGGCGCAGCAGCAUCGGGCUCCAUUCGGCGCCACGCUUCCUGAUAGCUGCCGCCUACUUCUUCUUCUACCGCGGCCGCUUUGCCGGCCGGCUGCCUGAGCUGCUGCUGAGCGGGCUGGUUCUGAUCUGCAGCCUUGCUGAGAACUCGGGCCUGCUGCUACUCACAUAUGUUUCCUCCACAGAAACUUACAGUGUUCAUAAAAAUGGCUUCAUUGUCUUCAUCGGCAGCUCGCUGCUGCACAUGCUUGGUACCUGCAGGCUGUGGUACGUCGUUAGGAGACACUACAUCAGCCCAGAGGAAGUGACAUCAUACCGCUGGAAGCUGCGGCUCUUCCUGUUCAACAUUAGCUGCUGUGCGGCAGCAGCAUAUUUCUUCAGACGCCACAACAAGUACUGUGAGACUGGAGUCUACACUCUGUUUGCUGUCUUCGAGUACCUGGUGGUCUUCUCCAACAUGGCCUUCCAUAUGACGGCCUUCUUGGACUUCGGCAGCAAAGAGGUGAUGGUGGUGGCGCUGCCUGAAGACAAACGUUUCUGAUCACCUGGACGAGCCAGUGGCGCAUGUGCAGUCCAGGAACUCCUUCACUUUCCCUUUUAGCCAAAAUCUUCCCAGAACAAAAACAAUAACCCAGUAAACGUUUUACAGAAACUGAGGUUGUUUCGCUCAAGUGAGCCAGACUCUUUCUGGCGAGGAAAUUGAAGAUUGUCAAGUUUUCUAGUUUUAAAAUAAAAAUUCUGACAAA